AUGAUGUCCGGCGAAGCAAUGCUCUUUUUGUUUGCGGUUAUUAUGUCUGCAUUACUGUUGUUCAUGAUGGUCUUUUUCGUUAUCAUGUUUUCUGAUUUAGAAUGUGACUAUAUCAACCCUAUUGAUCUUUGUAACAAGCUAAACCAGUUUGUUAUACCCGAAAUGGGCGCACACGCAUUUUUGUUCUUCAUGUUCCUCGUCAAUGGUAGCUGGAUGUCUAUGCUGCUGAAUUUUCCCUUGGCCGCCUAUAAUAUUAGAAAGGUCAUGAACGGUCGUCAUAUGUAUGAUGCCACAGAGAUUUUCCGUACUCUUUCUCAACACAAGAAGGAAUGCUUUAUCAAACUUGGUUUUUAUUUAAUUUGUUUCUUCAUCUUUUUAUACCGCAUGAUUGUUGCAUUAAUUGCUGCUGAUUCAUAA